AUGAGAGAGUGGGUCGGGGAGGGCGGAUCUGUAGGGGUUAAGUCAAGGUCGGGGCGAGUCCAUGUGGGUAGGUCGGCGGCGGAUCUCUGGGCUUGGUUCGAGGUUGGGGCGGAUAUGGGGAUGGUGGUCAGCAAUGACAAGCUAACUACGUACAUAUUCUCGCACUCCAAUUGUCGUAUAUAA